GUGCGCGGCGACCGCAGAGGCGCAGUGUCAGAGGGGCUGGAGGAGAUGGCGGAGCCGGGCGCGGAGCCGGGCCCGGGCCGGCCCGGAGCUGGUGCAGCGGCGGCAGCAGCGGCGGCGGCGGGAAGCAGCGAGCGGAGCGACGGCGGCGCGGGAGGGGAGGCCGCGUCCGUGUCCGCGUCGCCGCUGUCGCCCUCCCCCGGCGCGGCCGUUGGGGGCGAGGGCGGCGGCGCGAAGGCGCUGAGCGCGGCGGAGUACGCGCGGCGCGUGCACCAGUGGCUCUGGGACUCCUACUGCGGCUACGUGAGCUGGCAGAGCUGCCUGCCCGCCUUGCUCGCCGCUGCCGCCCCCGCGUACGCCGCGGGCCCCGGCCGCGCUUCCUCGCCGCCGCCUCCCUCCGCCGCCGCCGCCCCUCCGGGCCCCCCGCCGCCGGGGGCAGCCGCCGCCGCCGCCUACUACAGCCCCUUCUACCUCUUGGCUCCGGCGGCAGCGCACACGGCCACCGCCGGGCCGGCGCCCCGCGCCGCUGCCGCCGCCCCCGCUUGGCAGGCAGCGUCGGGCAGGUUGGCCCCGCUGCCCAGGGCCGCCCCCAGCAGCGCCGCCGGCUCCAGCGGCAGCGGCGCCCCCCGCGAGGCGGCGCGGCCGGCAGGUCGUGAGUUCAUUAUCCCUUCGUUGGCGCACAGAUUUAUAGCAGAGAUGGUGGAUUUUUUUAUUCUGUUCUUUAUAAAGGCAACCAUUGUUUUAAGCAUCAUGCACCUCAGUGGAAUAAAGGACAUCUCUAAAUUUGCUAUGCAUUACAUAAUAGAAGAAAUAGAUGAAGAUACAUCCAUGGAGGAUCUUCAGAAAAUGAUGAUAGUAGCUCUCAUCUACAGAUUGUUAGUCUGCUUCUAUGAGAUUAUCUGUAUUUGGGGAGCAGGUGGAGCAACCCCAGGGAAAUUUUUGCUUGGACUGCGAGUUGUGACAUGUGAUACAUCUGUACUUAUUGCACCAAGUCGUGUAUUAGUGAUUCCGUCCUCUAAUGUCAGUAUGACAACGUCUACAAUACGAGCUUUGAUCAAAAAUUUUUCUAUUGCUUCGUUUUUCCCUGCAUUUAUUACACUGCUGUUUUUUCAGCAUAACAGAACAGCCUAUGAUAUUGUAGCAGGAACUAUUGUGGUAAAAAGAAAUGGCAUCAGAUGAUACCAAAGGAUGACAGAUUUCCAGACUGUUUUUGAACCCUUUUUCACUCCCCGUCCCUCCAAAAAAAGCAACAGAAAAGCAACCCAAACCUGAAAUUGAGAAGACUGUCAAAAUCUUCUGCCUAAAUUAAAUAGGAGCUGAUUCAGAAGCGAAAGAAACUGUGUUGCUUCAGUGGGAUACCAGCAACUACCUUGAAAGUAUUGGACUUUUCAUAAAUGCCAAAGAAAGAAGUUUGAGAGAAACUAUACUUGUUAAAUCUGGAAGUAUUACCCUUAGAUUGACAAGAGGGAGACUGCAUUAACUGCAAAGAAGAUGCUUUUCUGUUCCUCAGUUUAUGGAAAGUGGAUACCUAGAAAUACUCCAGCUUAAAAGAAAUGCUGUUCCUACAAUUUUCGGGUGUUAACAGGUAAUUAGAAAAUUAAGUUGUUUUUCAAGCAGUUGCCCAAGUCCUAUAACAAACUCCGAGUGGGAGGGAACUGCAGUAUUAUACAGUAAGGCAAAACUACAUCUAAUCAUGUUCAUUAAAUUGCCAAAUGUGUAGAAAGAGAGAUGAGCAGUGUUUAUCAUUUCCCUUAAGGUAUUACAGCUUCAUAGAUCAUACUCCUUCACUUUUCAGGUAUUUUACGUGACAGGUUUUUUGCACAAGUAUGUCUUAAGCAGUCAUUUAUUUCACGUGUCUGAGCUAAUAAAGAGGUGAAAUAGCAACUGUUUUUUCUGUGGGAAGGGUAUGUUACACUGCAGUGUUAGUGAAUUGGCGUGUAUAUAAUUUUUGGAGCUAUGAACAGUGCAGAUCACGCUAAUAAAAAGUAACUUUCCUGCUUCUCUUUCGAGUGAAA